AAAAAAAAGAGGCGUCUACCGAUUCGACGAAUUCGGGCAGUGUGGGAAAUCGGCCGGGGUAUAAAGCAGCUGAUCACGAGCACCUCCGGCAUCAGUUGCUUAACACGACUCCUCCGUGACUGUGUGACACACGUAACGACAGCGCAACAUGAAGGUCGCCAUAGUUUUCCUUGCCAUGCUCGCGUGCUUCGUAGCCGCGGAUAAGUACACAACGAAAUACGACAACAUCGAUGUGGACCAGAUCCUGAAGAGUGAUCGUCUGCUCAACAACUACGUAAACUGUCUUUUGGAUGUUGGAAAUUGCACGCCCGAUGGACACGAGCUCAAGAAAUCCCUCCCUGAUGCAUUGGCGAAUGGUUGUAACAAGUGUAGUGAGAAACAGAAGGCUGGCAGCGAGAAGGUCAUCCGGUAUCUUGUCAACCAGCGACCGAAACUUUGGGAAAAAUUGUCUACGAAAUACGAUCCAACUGGAGAAUACAAAGAGAAAUUCCAGAACGAGGCGGAGAAGCAUGGGAUCAAGCUGUAAACUCAAUCGAAGUUAUUACGAAAUCAUGAAGUGACCGUUAAAGCGGGAGGUUUAUGCUGUUUUUCAUAUUUCGUUCACUUACUAUUCUCUUUCUUUCUUUUUAUCUCUCUCUUUAUCUCUCCCUCUCUCUCUCUCUCUCUCUUUCUCUCUUUCUUUCUCUCUCUGUCGAUUUUUUUUGUAUACUUCUUUUUUUGAAAAGUUGUUAAAUAAAUGAUGAGUUAAGCGAUUCGUAAUUGUUGAACUUUUCGACGUAAAGAGAUUAAAAGAAUAAGAAAAAAGAAAAUAAGUUCUUUUAGUAAAUAUGAAUGAGUUGAACGAAGAAAGAAAGAAUCUCUCAGGAGAUUAAUUUAUAUUUUAUCAAAAGAUCUCACAUACUUGUUCUAUUGCAUUCUUUAGAACGCUUUCAAUUUGACAUAAUAAUAAUAAUAAUGAUAAUGAUAAUGAUGAUAAUAAUCGUCCUUCCAUUAUUACGUCAUUUCUUCGAGAAGAAACAUCAGCAACGAGUUUUUAAAGAUGGUUUGAUAGUCAACGUUUCUUUAACGCUUUCGCAGGACGAGGAAAUAUUUCCAUGGGUGUAACGCUGAAAUUGAAUUUUUCCAGUGAAGAUGAUCUUUGAAAUCGAGCCACGACAAAAUCUUAUUUAACGCGGAAACAAAGAAACGUAUUUAAGGUACGAAACCCAAUACGAAAGUUUUCCUCCUUGUAUUUUCCUUCCUUCUUUCAUUUUAUUCCUUUUUUUUAUUUUGUCUCUUUCCUUCCUUCCUUCUUCUCUUUUUCCUUCCUUUUUUUUUAUUGUUUCUUUUUUUUUUUUUUUUUUUCUAUAUCUCUCCUUUUUCCCUUCGACGAACGCAUACGAAUGUUCCUCAUUGCGAUAUAAAAUCCUAGCUGCAGUUACUGGUUGGUGUGAAAAUGAAACGUUAUAGAGGAGCGUAUAGAAACGAUAGAUUUCAAUUCUAAAAAUAUGCAAAUGUAAUGGAAACGCUGGUACAUUGAUAUUCGAAGCUAAUUUAUAUUAUUUAAAUGUAUCGACAGGAAGGAACAAGUUUAAGGAAUAUGUUGUUGGUAGAUUGUAUAAGUAAUCGUAAAAAUAAUAGAUUCUUUUUUUUUUUUUUCCUCAAAAACCUUGUUUUUCCAUAAGUUUCCUUCAAGAAGAAAUAAAGAAUAGUCGGAGAGAGUAUACAGAACGAAUGUCAUAUAAAUGUAAUAAAGAAAUGUUAAGACGACAGAGGGAUGGAAGUCUCUCUACCAAAGAAUUAAAGUUUUAGGAACGUUUGUUCUUUAUUUUCUUA